GUGGGCGUAUGUCAUGCGAAAGGCACCUCAACUAAGAUAGAUUCCUCUAGCGAAAUAGCCUCGGCUAACUAUAUUGCGCGGUCAUAUGGUAUCUCGAAUGGGAUGCACGCUGGAGAAGCGCAGAAAUUAUGUCCAAACCUGACAAUGAUUCCAUAUGAAUUUGAGAAGUAUCACGCUGUGAGCCUUAAGUUCUAUGAGAUUUUAAUAAAGCAUGCCACAGAAUUGCAGGCGAUCAGCAUAGAUGAGGCUUUGAUAGAAGUCGGACGCACAGUCAGAGAGGACUAUGGCGGAGAUGCAGAGGAAUUUGCCAUGAAGCUAAGAAAAGAAAUUAAGAGUGAAACUCGAUGCGAUGCGAGCAUCGGUAUUGCAAAGAAUAUCUUAUUGGCAAAGAUGGCCACAACUUAUGCUAAACCAUGCGGUCAAUUUUAUAUAAAAGAUGAUUAUAUUGACGAAUUUCUAGAAAAUCAAAAUGUAGACAUCCUACCGAGCGUAGGCUCGUCAAUAUCGCAAAGAUUAGGGGAAAAAGGAGUAGUCACAAUAGCAGAUCUUAGAAAUUUAACUAUGACUGAAUUGCAGACAGAAUUUGGACCCAAAGCUGCCGAAGUUGCCUGGGGCGUGAGAUUUGAAAAUGAUGGACAGGUCGAGGACGUGAAUCUAAAGACUAAAUCAGUAACUUUAAAGAUCAAAUUGCGGAAGCCCGAAGCAGGAGCGCCACAAAAGUUACUUGGUUGUGGAGACUGCGAUAAUUUUUCGAAAUCAAAAACUUUUGCCUAUUACACGGAUAGUUUUGAGCUUAUCUGGAACGAAUGCUUGGUAUUACUAAAACAGUUUGGGUGCAGUUGUGUGGAAAUCAGAGGUGUUGGUAUACAAUUGCAAAAGCUUAAUAACGAAACAGGAAAGACGCACAAAAGUCUUCAAGACUAUUUCAAAUACAAAUCAGCGGCUGAUGCGGAAGGGAGAGAAGAGCAACCAGAUGAUUCAAAUGAUCAAAGACAACGGUGCUAUGAUGAUGGAAGCCUGACAGACGAUGAGGAGGGUCACGUGGAUAUCAUUAGUAGCUCUCCAGGUCUAUCAUCGCCCUUUAAUAAUGACGUUUGUGAGCGUUCCGGAAAUUGUGAGCGCAAUCAAGAAAGUUUGGAACAUGAUAUGGAUGAGAAUCGAUUACAUACGUUACAACAACAACAUCCGAGCUACAAAGAACCAGGGAAGUAUGUUCCAGUGGUUGUCCCAGUGAAGAUGGAAUUGGAUGAUAACAUGAUGAUUGAUGAAGAGCCGUCAUGUUCACAAAUGAGGAAUGAAAGCGCGAUGCUCAAGAUGGAGGAAGACACUGAAAUAGAUUCAACGAAAUACAGGCCAAAUGAGAAAGCCUCGCCAUGUCAAGAGACAUGGAAUGAAUUACCCCAUCCCCGCCCAAUUACAGCAAAUUACAAAGUUUCUAAAAAAACUGCCAAUAAGAAAAACCGUGAUAGGAAGACUGCGAUGCAGAAACCUCCGAGAUGGAAGAGUAAAAUCGAGGGCGAGAGUCGAGGGCUGAAUUUGGAUAAGAAUGGUGAAUUUGAUCGGGAUGUUUUUGAUGCUCUCCCAAAAGACGUUCAAAAAGAAAUCAUGGUUGAAUAUCGGUUUCAUACUCCGCUGAAAAAUUUGCGACCUACAUAUAAAGAGGUUAAAACCGAAUCGGAUAAAUUGACCAAAUAUUCUAGUGGAUGGUUGUAG